AUGGAUAAAACCAAUGUCGAGUCGAGAGAUUAUAUUAGCCGGGCACUGAUUUUUCAUGUCGACAAUAAAGAGCACGAAGCUGUUAUCAAACUGCUGCUCACAGCUGGCGCUGAUACCAACGCAAAGGACGAGGAUGGUCUAACGGCGUUAUCAUGGGCCGCGAAGAUUGGUUACGAGGCCGCCAUCCAUUUGCUGCUCGCGGCUGGCGCCAAUGUUCAUGCCAAAGACAAGAAUGGCUGGACACCGUUAUGGUGGGCCGCCAUGAAAGGCUGUGAGGCUAUCAUCAUCAGAACGCUGCUCACGGCUGGCGCUGAUGUCGACGCAAGGGACAAGGACAACCAAACGCCGCUAUUAUGGGCUGCUAGGAUUGGUUACGAGGCCGCCGCCCAUCUGUUACUCGCAGCUGGCGCCGAUAUUAAUGCAAAAGACAAGCAUGGCUGGACACCGUUAUGGUGGGCCACCAGAAAAGACCACCAGGCUAUUGUCCAACUACUGCUCCAGACAGAUAAAGUUGAUCUUGGGUUGAAAGAUAAAAAUAGCCGAACAUUACUUUCAUGGGCCGCUGGGGACGGAAACGGGCCCAUCGUCGGGCUGCUCCUCGAAACGGGUAAAAUCGAUGCCGACUCAAGGGACGACAAUAAAGACAGUCAGACGCCACUAUUAUUAGCCGCCAGGAAUGGGAACGAGGCUAUCAUUAAGCUGCUUCAGGAAAAGUCACGACAAUUUCGAGACGAUUAA